AUUUCGAGAUUAAAAACAACGAUAAAGUUCAAAGGUCAAAUGUUAAAAAGUCAAAAAAUUUAUCAACUCAAAUUUAUUUUGCACCCAACGUUCCGGAAAAACCUUCUUCAGAAUGGACACGUUUCGUUUGUGUAAGCGAUACUCAUAAUACGAUUGAUCCAAAUAAUUAUCAAGUUCCUGAUGGUGAUGUUUUUCUUCAUGCGGGGGAUAUGACAAAAAUUGGUACAGUAAAGCAAUUACAAGAUGUAGUUGAUUGGAUUAAGAAUCUUCCGCAUAAACAUAAAGUUGUCAUUGCUGGAAACCACGAUAUAACGUUAGAUGAACCUUUUUAUGAAAAUAACUGGUAUCGAUUUCACCAUAAUAAAGAAGAUUCAAAAAGAGCAAUAAACCUAAUGAAAAAUUCCGGUCAUGGAAUUGUAUAUUUAAUCGAAGAGACAUUUACUAUUCCUGAAAAAGGAAUUCAAAUAUGGGGAAGUCCAUGGACACCGGAAUUUUACGAAUGGGCUUUCAAUGGUCAACGUGGUCUGUUUUUAAAGGAAAAAUGGGAGCAAAUUCCACCGAUUACACACAUAUUGAUGACACAUGGCCCGCCCUAUGGUAUAUUGGAUGUGACGAAUCAUGAUGGAAAAAAUGUUGGCUGUAAGGAUCUGUUGGAAAGGAUACAAAAUAUAAAGCCGUACGUUCAUAUAUUUGGGCAUAUUCAUGAAGGUUAUGGUGUACUCGAGAAGACUUGGAAUUCUGCUGAUGGAAAAAAAACUAUUUUCAUAAAUGCUUCAACAACAACUAGAAAGUAUAGACCUGAAAAUAAUACAGUUGUUUUUGAUUUCCUUCUUUAA